AUGAAAGUUCUUCGACUUCUGAACAAUACAUACAGGUGUGAGAAUAAAUUUGCGACGAUCGUGGACUACUUGGCGAGUAUAGAAAGAAACGCCACGUUGGCUUCGAACGUCCUCGAGGAAACCGGAAGUAAGGCUCUUCGUCUCUUCAGCUACAGCGUCUACUCCGAGAGAAGUUGCGGUCCUGCUCGUAUCCUGAAUUACGGGAAUUAUUAUUGCGGAGUCAAGCCUGCCAUUGCCCCCCGAAGUGCAUCCCCCAGUAAGAUGAACCUGCAGAGAUGUAUUUUUAAAUUAGGGGUGGUCCCCUUGCCGCCAUUCAUGAAGAAAAACGACGUCCUGGAAGAGUCGGUCCCGGAGGGCGCCGAAUGGUGGCUCUUCAAGGCCAUUGCAGAGAAGCUGAACUCGACCCUGGAAAUUGUUUGGCUGUUCAACGGCACCAUGGCAAGGAACGGUGUAUCCAGAGCCGAGAUGGAUGUUGCAAUCGGGACCCUCUUCCAAAAGGACCACCCUGGAGUGAUAUACUCGACGAGUUACAUGUUUUGGGCGGGGAAUGUGCUGAUGCCGAAGAAAGACCCUAUGCCGCUUUGGCUGAACCUUUGGUUGCCUCUGCAACCGACAGUCUGGAUCGCCGUGAUCGCCUCGGUGAUCAUAGGGUGCAUCCUCACCUCCAGGAUCCCGAUCAUCAGGAAGGAAUUACCACCACCCAGCAUCCUGGGGAUCUUUCUCGGGCUCGGUGAAGUCGAAAAAGCUCGCAGGAUCUCCUCCAGGAUCUACUUCUGCUCUUGGGCGAUUUGUGGAUACGUUAUCGUCCAGAGUUAUCUGGCAGACCUGACGGGCCGUUUCACGAUUCCGACUCCUCAGAAGGAAAUUCAGUCCGUGGAAGAGCUGGAACGAUCUGGGUAUCCAUUCGCUGGGAUUGGGGUUACCAGAGAGGAAUUUCAGGAAUCCAAUCCGGGAUUGUACCAGCGUUACGAGGAGCUGGCAGACUUUGACACGUACAAGCUCAUGUCGGACAUGAUGCACAAGCGAGCGAAAAGUGCACUUUACACGGAUGGAAUCACGAUUCGCCUGUUCGCCGGAAAUGCGAAGAAGAGGGGCAUCGUGCACCAAAUCCCGGAAGAUUUGCGUCUCUAUCCGACUGCUGCUCUUCUUCCAGAGGGGUCCAAGCUGUUAUCAACCGUGAAUCGAGCGAUAACCGAUCUCUUUGAAACCGGCCACAUAGAGCAUUGGAUGGACGAAUACGCGAAAUUGGAGAACAAGUCCAUGGGGUUUUACGAGUCCGCAGAACCCUUGGAAAGCGAAACCCCCGAAGAGCCUGAAGAAUCUAGUGAAAAAUCUCGAACGUACACGACGGACGACUUCCAAGGAGUCUUUAUCAUCUACUCGAUCGGAAUAAGUGCCAGCUCAUUGGCUUUCCUGAUAGAACUCUUAUCAAAGUACAAGUUCCCCCUCUACAAGUUGGUCCUGAAAUUGCGGACGUAUUUGGUAUUUUCAAAAGUCCAAGUCCCGAUUUAAUUUUUUUAAAUACCUCCCAAGGCCACUUACAA